UCCGGUCGCACUCGGAAGCACGAGUCUGUGCUGCAGCUGCGACUGGUUCGGUGUCUGUCGGCCGUGUGAGUUUUGUUGGAACUGCUCGCCGGGAAGUGAGUCUGCAGCCAGUAUGUCCAGCAGGAACAACAACAAGCUGCCCAACAACCUGCCGCAGUUACAGAAUCUGAUCAAGCGGGACCCGCCGGCCUACAUCGAGGAGUUUCUACAGCAAUAUAAUCACUACAAAUCCAAUGUGGAGAUUUUCAAAUUACAACCAAAUAAACCCAGCAAAGAACUAGCAGAGCUGGUGAUGUUUAUGGCACAGAUUGGCCACUGCUAUCCCGAACAUCUGAGUAACUUUCCUCAAGAGCUGAAAGAUCUUCUCUCCUAUAAUCACACUGUCCUGGAUCCAGAUCUUCGAAUGACAUUUUGCAAAGCUUUGAUGUUGCUGAGAAAUAAGAAUCUCAUCAAUCCGUCAAGUUUACUAGAGCUCUUCUUUGAACUUCUGCGUUGCCAUGAUAAGCUUCUGCGAAAGACUUUAUAUACACAUAUUGUGACUGAUAUCAAGAAUAUAAAUGCAAAACAUAAGAACAAUAAAGUGAAUAUAGUAUUGCAGAAUUUCAUGUAUACCAUGUUAAGGGAUAGCAAUGCAACUGCAGCCAAGAUAUCUUUGGAUGUGAUGAUUGAACUCUAUAGGAGGAACAUCUGGAAUGAUGCCAAAACUGUCAACGUUAUCACAACUGCAUGUUUCUCUAAGGUGACUAAGAUAUUAGUUGCUGCUUUGACAUUCUUCCUUGGAAAGGAUGAAGAUGAAAAACAGGACAGUGACUCAGAAUCUGAGGAUGAAGGACCAACAGCAAGAGACCUGCUAGUGCAGUAUGCUACAGGGAAAAAAAGUUCCAAAAACAAGAAAAAGUUGGAAAAGGCAAUGAAAGUCCUCAAGAAACAAAAGAAGAAAAAAAAGCCAGAAGUGUUUAAUUUUUCAGCUAUUCACUUGAUUCAUGACCCCCAAGAUUUUGCAGAAAAACUACUAAAGCAGCUCGAGAACUCUAAGGAGAGGUUUGAAGUGAAGAUGAUGCUCAUGAACCUCAUCUCCAGAUUAGUAGGAAUUCAUGAGCUUUUCCUCUUCAACUUCUAUCCCUUUGUGCAGAGGUUUCUGCAGCCCCACCAAAGAGAAGUAACAAAGAUUCUUCUGUUUGCUGCACAAGCAUCUCAUCACCUAGUACCCCCAGAGAUCAUUCAAUCAUUGCUCAUGACUGUGGCCAACAAUUUUGUUACCGACAAGAACUCUGGGGAAGUCAUGACAGUAGGAAUCAAUGCUAUAAAAGAGAUAACAGCUCGAUGUCCUCUAGCCAUGACUGAAGAACUUCUUCAAGACCUGGCUCAGUAUAAAACACACAAAGAUAAGAAUGUACUGAUGUCUGCUAGAACUUUGAUUCAGCUCUUCAGGACACUGAAUCCUCAGAUGCUGCAGAAGAAAUUCCGGGGUAAGCCUACAGAGGCCUCCAUAGAAGCAAGAGUACAAGAAUAUGGAGAAUUGGAUGCUAAAGAUUAUAUUCCAGGAGCAGAAGUUCUGGAAGUUGAGAAAGAAGAGAAUACUGAAAACGAUGAAGAUGGAUGGGAAAGCACCAGUCUCAGCGAGGAAGAGGAGGAUGCCGAUGGGGAAUGGGUUGAUGUGCACCACUCUUCAGAUGAAGAACAGCAAGAAAUUUCCAAGAAGCUGAACAGCAUGCCCAUGGAGGAGCGGAAAGCCAAAGCUGCAGCUGUCAGCACUAGCCGAGUUUUAACUCAGGAAGACUUCCAGAAAAUCCGCAUGGCCCAGAUGAGGAAAGAACUUGACGCUGCCCCUGGGAAAUCCCAAAAGAGGAAAUAUAUUGAAAUCGACAGUGAUGAGGAGCCCAGGGGCGAGUUACUUUCUCUUCGGGACAUUGAACGCCUUCAUAAAAAGCCCAAGUCUGACAAGGAGACGAGACUGGCAACUGCUAUGGCUGGAAAGACAGACCGAAAAGAAUUUGUGAGGAAGAAAACAAAAAUGAAUCCAUUUUCCAGUUCCACAAAUAAAGAGAAGAAAAAACAGAAGAACUUUAUGAUGAUGCGGUAUAGCCAGAAUGUCCGGUCAAAAACCAAGCGUUCCUUCCGAGAGAAGCAGCUGGCACUACGAGAUGCACUUUUGAAAAAGAGAAAAAGAAUGAAGUAACUUCCAAGCAAGUUUUCCAUUCCAAGGAGAAUGCCGAGUUUGUGUCAUUACUCUGAGAAUUAGUAAAUCAAGCAUGUUUGUUUACAUUUAAAAGUCCAGAAGCACUAUGUUGUGAAAACCACAGGAAAUGAGGCAGCAAUUUGAUGUUUUUUAUUUUGGAAAUGGGUAGUGGUGGGAGUGUUAGAGAUGUAAAUAGCAAUGGUGUUGUAAAAUAAUUUUAUUUAACAUUCAUGCAAAAAAAAAAUUGAGUGUCAAUGUAGAUACAAAAUGAAUGAGUCAUAACCCCUUCACUCGAGGCAUUCACAGCUUAGUGGGGGCCAGGUGUAUAUAUGUGUGUUUAUGAUGCAGUAUAAAUAGUUUAGUAGAGGUAGAUCCAUAUUUCUAUGGAGUCACUGAGGCCUUAUGGACUAACUGCGGGGAUAGGAAUUACAUAUUCUCUUAAAACAAAACAGGACAAUGUUACAAGAGUAAGAAGUUCUUACUUGUAAAUAGGCUUACCUGCUGAAAACAGGUCCCUGCUGUACAGAUUUUGGGUAGACAAUUUAGCUGUUUUAGUAAUCUAACAGAUUAAAAAUUUUUUUGAUUGCCCUGUAAAAUGCUUUUUGGUUAAGACCUCACUUUUAAAAUUGCCUUAAGUAUAACUAACUGGUAACUUUGGAAUAUGUUUAGUUCAUCAUUUGAUAUUGGUUCCCACAGCCUUCUUUCACCCUGUGAUAUUUUUAGUCCCCUGUUUGCCUUGUCUGAAUAAAAGGUUUCUAAUGUCAAAUAGGUAA